AAAAACGACCGUAGUAGCCAUAUUUGAAUGUGUCCACUCGGCUGUAACCAGGCAGCAGCCGCCUUUAAGGAAGCUUGUCCGCCCGCCAGUUGGAGGAGGACUCAACGCCGACAGACUUGGCCGGUGGGUGAGCUGAAAGACGGCCACUGAAAUCUCACCACCACGGCGUUCCGCACCGGAGCAGCUGGCUUCUUACUUUGCUUCGUUUGCAAGAUUGAACAAUGUGACCGCCGGAGGAGGAGUCAGCUCUCCGAUGGUCCACAAACUCACCUUACUUCACUAGAAUGUACUUGAUGAACGCACCGACUGUCGCAGCGCCUCACACAGAAUGGAGAGCAUGCGGUCCACCUGGGGGCUUUAGCCUUCCCAUCUGCUUCAAUGACUCGGACGCCGAGUUAUCCAGCAGAGGUUCUAUCUCAAACAAGGUCCAGAUGAUCAUUGAGAGCCUGAGGAGCACUCAGUCCUCACUGGAGAUGGGCGACGAGACGGAGGAAAAUCAUGACGAUCCUGCCCAGGCCUGUAAGGCUGCCGUGGGUUCUUUUGCGGCAUCCAAGUCCAAAAGUCAUACGACUGGUGUUCCAUCCCCGAUCCGGGACAGUGACAAGAGCAGUGACGCUGACAGUGAUGAUUCUGUGGACAAAGGAAUAGAGGAGGCAAUAUUGGAAUACCUGAAGGAAAAGGAUGGCCACAAAUGUACGAUGGAACCCUGCAGCGCUCUUGCUCAGUCGCCCAGACAGACACAAACUAUUCCCCACGUUGUCAAAAUAAAGCCUGAAAGCGACGCCUUUUCCAUCAUGAGCAGCCACUUUUCCAAAAGCGUCACCCAAGCCGCCCCAGCAGGCGUCCCCUUGAAGAAGUACAUCAAACACAAGGUAAUGCUUCGAGAUCGGGCAUCAAGUACCGUUAACAGUCUUGCCUGCAAAGUGAAAGUGGAGAAUCUUUCCGACGACACCAGCAGCAGCAGCAGCGACGACGGCAUCGAGGAGGCCAUUCAGAGGUACCAGCUGGAGAGAAUGGAGCAGCAGAUGAGGGGCGAGGCCUUCAAACCGCUUGUGGAAGAUUCUGAUUCUUCAAGCGAUGACGGCAUUGAGGAGGCGAUUCGCAGCUACCAGCUGGAGCAGCUCAAGGAAAAGACGUCCUUUCCUGAAAGGAAGACGACAACAAACACCGAAAACGCAAACAAGCACAAACUUCAAAAGAAAAAGAAACGAACGGAGAAGGUGGGGAAGUCCGUAGAACUAUCGUCUUCAACUCUCUUCAAGAGCUCGCUUGAUGUCGGCCAGAGAAGCAAAAUCAACGCUUCGCUGUCAUUUGGAGUUGAUGGCUUUAAAGACCAACCUACACCGCCGCCCCCAAAAGCCAAUACCACCGCCGAGCUCAUGUGUGCCGAAGCCAUCCUAGACAUCUCCAAAACGGUCAUGCCCGCCGUCUUUGCGUCCCAUCACUGCAUUGGCCCGAGUGACUGCGCCCCCACCGGAUCCUCCCAUGCGACUCCAGCAAAUGAAAGCAACGACAGCUCCAUUGACAGCGAAGACGGCAUCGAGCAGGAAAUCAUGAAAUUUCUCGAGCAGAAGGCGCAGUUGGUCAAACAGUCACCAGGGUGCGCUGCGCCUCGGGACGAACCGGAUACGGUGGCUGAAAAACACAAAGUGGUGCAAAAUAAACCUCCCAGACUGUCCUUGACGCAGAGGCGUAAACUCAAGGAAGAAAACAACAGCAUCGCUGCCAUGACGGUGGUGGAGAACAACGCUGAUCAAGAUGCGUCUGCUAAAUCUUCAGAAGUCCGUAUGGAGGAGUUAAGCCCGCUGCUUUUCUCCCAGAGAAGUCAAUCCCAACUGUUGGACAAGCAAACUGGAGACAAGAGCAGCUCACUGGACAGCGACGAAGAUCUCGACACUGCCAUAAAAGACCUCCUCAACACGAAGAAGACCAAGAGGAAGACCAAGUCGGAGCGCAAUGCACUGAAGCGGCCGAAGGAAGAGGAACAGCCACGAGUCCCACUUAUGAAAAAGGCCAAACGCGAUCCUCCAUCCAAGGCUGGUGUUUUGAAAAAGGCUGCCAAGAGGAAGAACAACGCAAAGGACAAGCCUGGAUUGGUGAAAAAGACGGAAGCUAACCACACCAGUAAGGGUCCCGUGGACACCGCAAGGGACAAAGACGCUCGUCACAUAAAGGAGGACAGCAGCUCAGUGGACAGCGAUGACAGCAUCGAGCAGGAGAUCAGAAAGUUCCUCGCCGAGAGGGCGGAGAAGGUCUCAGAGAGGACAAAAGAUGAGAUCUUGAGGAAUGGUGCCGCCUCACUCGGACUCGACAACAUUAAACAGGAAAAUCAGCUGGCUGAAAUUCCUCAAAAAAGUCUUUUGGGACACAAUCUUCCGAGUGGUCCUUUGAUUAAAGCACAUCAAGACAAACCUGCGCCUCAGACACCGGACAACUCCGUGGUUGGUACACAAUCACGAACUCUGGAGGCGGCGGACAGGGAAGGGUCGGCUACACCCGAACCGAAGCCGCCAAUGGACCAUGUGUCCACCCAACAAACAGAGAGAGUCCAGAAUCUUUCCGGAGCCAGCAUGGAUCGCUCUUAUGCCGAGUCAGUGAAGUGGCGCCAGAGUUUUGGACUCCCCAUCAUUGACCCCAAGAAUUUCAAUCGAACUCCGUUUUAUAUCAGCCUACCCAAACAGAAGGAGAGUCCAUCUGCGGCUUGUACUCAACAAGGGAAAGGCACUGACUUCCAACCUUCCACCCCAGCCCCUCUUUGGUCCCCUGCAAGAACCACCAGACCCCCUUUGUCCUGGUCUACGGACACAACCGCCAAGACUCCCAUUUCAAGCCCCGUCUUGAGCUUCUUUUCCACCGCCAGGCAGAACCAAGGCGCCUUCCCGCCGAGCGGCCGUUCGCACGGGCUGACGGGAGAGGCGACGGCGAGCACGGUGCACGUUCCCCGAGACAAGAGCGUCUUCGUGGAGCUGGAGUCCGGUAGGACCAACCAUGUCCAGGUCCAAAGCAGGCAGAGCGGGGAGGGAAAGGCCAGAGCAGACGGGAGGAAGAGUGAGGAUAAGAGCAGGAAGAUAGACGAGAAAGGAGCAGAGGAGGAGUUUAUAGAUGAGUCAGAGAGUGAAAGUCCAGAGAAGAAGCAGAGCACUUUGUCCUUAUCCAGCACCAUCGACCCCGGCAUGGUCUUCAGGCCUUGCAUCGCUCUUUCCACAGAGGAACGCUGCAUGAUGUUCAGGUGGAGACAUCAGGCUGAAACCAGGAGCACGGAGGCGAAGCCCCGCGUCAAAAGGAAGCUGGAGUUUGUUCCUGUGCACAGGUAUUAGCGGGUGCGUCUUCAUCAUGCAUGUUUUGCACUGAAAUGCUGUUCGAGUUUGAAUUCUAUUCAGUUCAAAGUGGGAUGUGAUGACUCCUGUUGGAUUUAAAUGCAAGACAAAAAAAGGGGGUCCACGUGUUAUUGGUAAUUUGUUCACUUCAUUCAGCAAGAGAGCAGGCAGUGUUUGUUUACGCUCAGGAGAAGGGAGCCUUUUGUCUUCAUUUUGCCAGCCUUCAAUGAUAAAGUGGUCUUUACUUCUGUUGUGAAGUUGCCUCGCUGUCGCCAUUUGUCUUCACUUUCUUUUGUCAGCGCCCAGUAUCUGUUUGUGGUUUCUUUAUGUGACCUUCAACUGUUGAUGUUUUUGG